AUGUUUGUCUUGCGUGCGGCUCCCCUGACCCAAAGGCGGAGGACUGGGCUCGUCUCCUCUGAGAGACUAUCUUCUGCCGCAGUCUCAGGGCCUUUGUCUCCGCCAGAUGUCAACGGCCACAUUUCGUCAGGUCGCCCUUCCGUGAGGACUUCCGCAAUCCCGGACGCAAACUGGCUCAUCUGGAGGUGCGUCCACCCGGGAAAACGUCAACGCGAACUAUGGCGGCUCCAGACAGCCACACGAGACGCGAGGUGUACGUACACCGCAGCUGCCAGGCCUCGGCGAAAGGUCGUCGUCAUCCCUAUGGACGUGAAGAAAGAUGACUUCUCUUCUUCCUCGGCCCUGUCGGUAACAGAAUCGGAGAAGCUAGCGCUACCGGACCAGUCUUCUCUCCGUCACCUGUCGAAGACGCAUGCAGUCGCCGCCUUUCGCAGCUUGCGUCUCCUCGCUGCCUCUGUGCCUCGAGAUGCAGACUACUGCGAUGCGCUUCUCGCACGAACUGUGCGACUGUGUCCAUCUUUUUUGCCCAUCGAGAUUCGCUCGGUGGCUAAGACUCUUGUCUUCUCGCUCCCUCCCAAUUGCGAUGUACGUACACUUCAGACGGCGCUCCUGAAGCAGGUGCGCAAUCUCCCACUCCACGCGUUCGCGGCCGAUGUCCGAGUUCUCGCAGACCUCUUCUCGCUUUUCCCUUUUCUUCCUCUCUCCGCUCUCGCCCCAGCCAAUGGAGUGCGUCUCGCUUCUCUCCUCCCCUCAAAUCCGUCCGCUUCUUCCUCUUCUUCCUCUUCUGCCUCCUCUUCUUCCUCCUCUACUUCCUCUUCUUUGUCAGUUCUUCCACAGCGGCGAAAGCGGCGAGCGCUGCGUUACGAGGCCUUGUGUGUCUCUCCGGCACAGCGCGAGCUCGUCUCGGAUGCUCUUCGGAGUCUCGUGGAGGCGUUUUUGAAGUUCCAUUUGCCGUUGCAGAAACGCGGAAAGCUCUUGGAAGCUGGCGACUCGGCCGGCGCCCCAACGCGGGCUUUUGGCGAAGGCGCAACCUCGCCCGAGGCGCGGGGGUCUGUCGGCUGCCUCCCUGCGACUCUUCCGCGCGACGCCACGAGCCGAGACGUGCGCGAGAUGCUGGUCUGUUUGUCGGAUUUCCACUUUCUCUUUCGGAGCAAACGCGAUGACGGUUUCCUCGACUCAGUCUUUAAUCGAUGCGGGAACUACCUGGCUCUGCACAGCCUCCACGAAUUGACGGGGAAAAGCGCGAGUCUCAUCCUCAACGCUUUCGUUCUCUGCAACCAGAAACACGAACACUUGUUUCAGCAAAUCGCCAGGCGCCUGCCGCUCCUCGCUGCAUGCAUGCGCCCGAAGGACGUCGCCCUCGCGGCCAACGCGCUCGCUCGCGCAGAACUUCGCUCGCUUCCGGCCUUCGCGGCGCUCUCCAGCCGCGCGAAAGAGACGCUCGACGACUUCCAACCGCAAGACAUCUCCAACCUCCUCAACGCCUUCGGGAAGCUUGAAAUCCUCGAUGUGGAACUCUUCAACCGCGCAGCGCCCAAAAUUGCGGAUGGGAUUCGCGACUACAAUCCGCAGCAUCUGUCGAAUAUUGCGCAUGCAUACAGCAAGGUGUCGGUGCCGCAGAGUGAGUUGUUUGUUCGCAUCGCAGAGAUGACGCGGAGGUCGGUCCAGAAUUUCUCCACCAAGGAGCUGGCCAACCUCGCGCUCGCCUUUGCAAAGAUGGACAUCCGACACAAGGGUCUCCUUGUCUCGCUCGCCGACGAAGUGCUCUUCCGGGGGACGGCAGGCCUCGCGUUCGGGACUCGCUUCCACUUUGAUCUCCUUUCCCUUCAGCAACUCUCUUCCGCCUUCUCCCGGCUCGGCCUCCACGACCCGCGCCUUUUCUUCGUCCUCACGCGCCUCGCAAAAGACGGCGUUCGACGCGCGCUCCUCUACAGGCUCCUCCCAGGAGACGCCCGAGAUCCCGAACAGUCCACGCUCCCUUCGUCUACCCCUUCUGGUUCUCACUCUUCCUCCAGUUCCAGUUCUGCUCCAGGUUCUUCUUUGGCCGUCGUGAAGACGCCGUGGAUGAGCGUGAAGUGGCGGCAGAAGUACGAGGCGCUGCGUGAGUCUUACGCGUUGAAUGGUCAGAUGUUUGCGUCGCUCCUCUUGGCGCUCGGCAAGGGAACAGCUUCUCAGACGACGGCGGUCUGCGACCAGUCGUUCAACUCGGUGUGCGCGACAGCGAUUCUGCGCCUGGAGCGGCAGUUCUCGGCCGCUGCGCUCUCGCAGAUUGCGCGGGGCUGCUACCUCUUGGGACUGCGCGACACGCGCGUGCGGCGGCUCCUGAUUCGCGAAACCCUCCCCCGUCUCUCCCAGUUCCCCGCCACCGCCCUCGUGCACCUGCUUUCGAGCUUCGCGAAUCUCCAGCUCUACCACGCGGUGCUGAUCAAACAGGCGCUUCAGAAAGCGACUCUCCACCUCGCCUCGUACACCGCCGCGGAGGUCGCGUCGAUCGUCGUGGCGCUGGAAAAGCUCGGAUACCGAGACAGAAAUUUCUUGCGAAAAGCCGGGAAAGUUCUCCACCGAAAGCGAGAGGACCUCCCGGCCAGUUUCCUCUGCGGCCUUGUGAAUGCCUGCGCGAAACUCGCGGUCGAUGACGACGUCCUCUACGCUGCGCUGUUCAAGUCGCUCUUCACCCAUCAACACCUUCUCUCUGCGCGACAAGCGCUCACAGCGCUGUACGCGCUUCUCCUCGUCGACGCGCGCCAAACGGACUUGGUCGAACUCCGAGGCGAGGCGCCCCACGGCGACGCAGCUCUGGACGAGACCACGGAGGUCCCAACCGCGCAUGGAGGCGCCGCAAAUCGAAUCGCCGACGCGCGGUUCUCAGGGCAUGAAUCCAAUGACGAAGCGGCGCUGUUGGACGCACAGAGCGAAGCAGAGAGGUUACGGAGACGGACUGGAGGAGAGCCGGCGGAGGGCCAAACGGUGCCGCAGGACAUCGCGUCGCCGUCCCAGCGAACAGAGCAAUCUGUAAGUGUCGUUUCCCCUUCCUCGUCUCCGUAUAUCGCAUCUCAGCUGCCUUUGGUUCAUGCGUUGUUGCGCGCCGCGUAUCGUUCGGAGACGCACUUGGAGAUAGGUUCGGUGACGCGUCUGCAGAUCGUGGAUCUCUACCUGCGUCUGCUUCGUCCUGAGCUCUUCGCGUCCCUUCCGUUUGAUUUGAAGGCGUUUCUGUCGCGCGUGCGCCGCGUGGACCUGACGCAGCAAGAUUGUUUCUCGCUCUCGUCCAAGAUGCACAGAGACGUCUCUGCGGCCUUUCUGCGCAUCGGACUCGUCCAUCGCAGUGAGGUGCAAUUCGGCCCCUUCAGCCUGGACAUUGUCCUCGGGGAUCGGCUGGCCGUCGAGAUCGACGGGCCUUCUCACUUCUACAGAGAGACGUGCAUGCGCGUCGCCUCCUCGCGCCUCAAGCAGCGGCUCCUCAGGGAAAUGGGCUGGACGCUUCUCCCCGUCUCCUUCUUCGAGUGGAGACAACUCGUGACGCCUGAGCGGAAGAUCGCCUUCUGCGCGCGCUUCUGGCCCCACGUCCUUGCCCUCGCAGACGGCGACGCGCGUGCCAGCGAAGCGCCGCGCGACGGAGACGGGCGAGAAGAACCAGUUAGCAGCUUGCGCGCGGAAGAAGGCCGCGACGCGGAGAAAGAGAAGGGACAGGGUGCGGAAGAGAGAGACGACGAGAGAGACGACGAGAGAGACGACGAGAGAGACGACGAGAGACGCCGCACGCAGAGAAGGGGGUUUGCGGAAGUGUUGCAGUGCCGCAAACCGCGCCUCGCCGACUUCUUGUGGCUCGUGGAGCAACAGGGAUCCACGGUGACGCGUCAGCGCCUGGCUGAGGCGAUGAAUCGGUUCCGGCGUCUCCUGUCCCCCCCGGCGGCAGGGGAAACGCAGCGCCUGGCGCUCGCGGGCCUUCAGGGUGGAGGCCGGGAGGGCUUGUCUCUCGCGCCUGGCCGUCUUCUUCCGCCUUCUGAGGAGGACGGAAAGGACGUCUGGGCACAAAUGAAAGGCAAGGCGGCUCGGCACCUCCCCGCCACCGUGCGUCGCAGGGGCCGCCGGUGGAAAGACGCAGAGGAGGGAGCAGCCGCAGCCGACGAGACUGCGAGACAGGGCUCGGGCGACGGUUCGGGCCACAAGACGCCCGUUUCAGUGCGGAAACGCGGAAGGAAGUGGACCUUUGAAACCGAGGAAACGGUGUUCCACGUGCAAACAGGCCGAAAGGCGGAGAAAUCUGGAGAAGACGUGAAAUAUAACACAGGCAGCGAAGCAGCGACCGUCGUGGUGGCGCGACCGUCUCCGCUCGACCGUCUUCUCGCCUCGUCAGAUUUCGACAAAUCGGACAAGUGA